GCGCGCCGGGCCGCGCCGGGCCACGCAUCGCUCCACGCGUGGGCCGAGAUCCGCCCCGCCGCGGCCCGCCGCCGCUCCCCCUGCGGCGCCGGGGCUGUCGGGGCUGCCGGAGGUUUCGGCUUGGCCGCGCACGGAGGCAGACGUGCACACAUCAAACUGGGUCUCAAGAAACUGUCAGUGAGAAGGGUGAGCUCUUUAAUGAAAGGCAGGAGCUCUGGCAUCAUGUCAGUCAGCGUCCACGAGAACCGCAAAUCCCGGACCAGCACCGGCUCCAUGAACAUCCUGCUCUUCCACAAAGCUUCCCACCCAGACUGUGUCUUGUCCCACCUGAACACCCUGCGGAAGCACUGCAUGUUCACUGAUGUCACCCUUUGGGCAGGAAACAGGUCGUUCCCCUGUCACCGAGCAGUGCUGGCUGCCUCCAGCAGGUACUUUGAAGCCAUGUUUAGCAACGGCCUCCGCGAGAGCCUGGAUGAUGAAGUAAACUUCCACGACAGCCUCCACCCAGAGGUGCUGGAGCUGCUGCUGGAUUUUGCUUACUCCUCUAGGAUUAUCAUCAAUGAGGAGAACGCAGAGUCCCUCCUGGAGGCUGGAGACAUGCUGCAGUUCCACGAUGUCCGAGACGCGGCAGCCGAGUUCUUGGAGAAGAACCUCUACCCCUCCAACUGCCUGGGCAUGAUGCUGCUCUCAGACGCUCACCAGUGCCGGCGGCUAUAUGAGCUCUCCUGGAGGAUGUGCCUGGUCAACUUUGAGACCGUUCACAAGAGCGAGGACUUCAACAACCUUUCCAAGGACACUCUGCUGGACCUCAUCUCCAGUGAUGAGCUGGAAAUCGAGGACGAAGAAAAGGUCUUCAAGGCUGUCAUGCAGUGGGUGAAAUACGAUCUGGAUGAGCGGAAGGCUUAUCUCCCAGAGCUUCUGAGGAAUGUUCGUCUGGCCUUGCUUCCUUCUGAAUGCCUCAAGGAAGCCUUGGCUUGUGAGGACUUGAUUAUGGUGGAUGAAAGGAACAAGCUCGUUUUGGAUGAAGCUAUUCAGUGCAAGAAGAAGAUCCUCCAGAACGACGGGGUGGUCACCAGUCCCUGUGCCAGGCCUCGCAAAGCCGGGCACACCUUGCUGAUCCUGGGAGGACAGACCUUCAUGUGUGAUAAGAUCUACCAAGUGGAUCACAAAGCAAAGGAAAUUAUCCCCAAAGCAGACCUGCCAAGUCCACGGAAGGAGUUCAGUGCCUGUGCCAUUGGCUGCAAAGUAUACAUCACUGGAGGCAGGGGCUCUGAGAACGGGGUCUCGAAGGACGUGUGGGUGUACGACACCGUUCACGAGGAGUGGUCCAAAGCCGCCCCCAUGCUGAUAGCUCGGUUCGGGCACGGCUCGGCUGAACUGGAGAACUGCCUGUACGUGGUCGGGGGCCACACCGCCGUAGCUGGAGUCUUCCCUGCGUCUCCUUCUGUUUCUUUGAAGCAAGUCGAGAAGUACGACCCCAUCUCCAACAAGUGGACCAUGGUGGCUCCUCUGCGGGACGGCGUGAGCAACGCCGCCGUGGUGAGCGCCAGGCUCAAGCUCUUUGUGUUCGGCGGCACCAGCAUCCACCGGGACAUGGUGUCCAAGGUGCAGUGCUACGACCCGGCCGAGAACCGGUGGACGAUCAAGGCCGAGUGCCCGCAGCCCUGGCGCUACACGGCGGCCGCUGUCCUGGGCAGCCAGAUCUUCAUCAUGGGCGGGGACACCGAGUUCACGGCGGCCUCUGCCUACCGCUUCGACUGCGAGACGGACCAGUGGACGCGCAUCGGCGACAUGACGGCCAAGCGCAUGUCCUGCCACGCCCUGGCCUCGGGCAACAAACUCUACGUGGUGGGGGGUUACUUUGGCACCCAGCGGUGCAAAACGCUGGACUGCUACGACCCCACGUCGGACACGUGGAACUGCAUCACGACCGUGCCUUACUCGCUCAUCCCCACGGCCUUUGUCAGCACUUGGAAGCACUUGCCGUCGUGAGGAGGGGCAGGGCUCGGGGCCUUGUAGCCGGGGGGUCAAUAAGAUGCCAGCAUCACAUCCACGUCCCCUGCCUCACAGCUGGAGCUGACACAGUGACCAAGUCCUCUCCUGGCUCCAAGGAGCCUUUUGCAUCCCCUCCUGGCACCGGGAGCAGGAGGCUCAGCCGUCCCCACCACCAGCAUCACCUCAAAGGGGCCACCCUAACCCCAGCCCUGGCCGCUGUGUGGCACUGGCAAGGAGCCAGAAGCUGGUGCUGGGGGCACCGGGAGAUGGAAGGUCUGCACCAGGCUGCAUCCCUUGGCAGCACAGCAUGGGGUGCCACCAAGUGCUUUCUGUUACUCGGUUAGGGGGAUUGAAACAGGUGAAUUUGCGUUUUGAAAGGCAGUGAACUUCCCAGUGGCAGUUGCUGCUUGGGAGACUUGGAAGAGUGUUUUUGGAAGGGACCAGGGGCUGGGAGCACCUGGCUCCCCUCAUCCUCCAGCCUCGCCGCAGAGGCAAUGACUGCUGAAACAUUAAAGCGUGGGAGCUUGGGGUGGCUGCCAGCAGUGCUGGGUGCUGCGGUGAAGCAGGGCAGGUGCCUUUUGUUUGCUGCUUUGGGCCUUUUAAGUAUUUCUUCUUUCACCUUUCCUUGCUGCAGCCGGUUGUGAUUUGGUGGCGGGCCGGGCAGCUCCUCGCAGGCAGCUGCUGGGAAGAGCUCGACGGCUCUGUCAGCCUGCCAAGGCUCCGGCCCCGCUCCGAGAUCUUCAGCAGAUAAAUGAGAGCCGAGCUGCUGAGCUGAGCGUGGGUGAGGGCCUCAUGAGCGAGAGAGCUGCAGUAGAGGUGCGCCUUGGGAGGGGGCAUCUCGCCUCUAGAGGGGCCUUGGACGCGGGGAGCACUCUGCAGGGCUGGCAGGGCAGGCUGGGGGUGGAUCUCCUCCUUGCCGCUGUGCCGCACAGCCUGGCUUCGCUGUGGAGAGCCACGAGUGUGUCUGCCUGCAUGUGGCUGCUGAGGCUGGAGCCACCCCAGGUUAUCCACACAGGCUGGGUUCAUUCAUCCAGGAGCUGCCAGCCCAAAUCACUCCUCCUGCAUGCUAUGGAGGAAGGCACAUGGAUUUUGGAGCCAGGGAGGCAGCUCCUGACCAGCCUCCUCCAGGGCUGGCUCCUGCCAACGACUGGUCCAGCAUCGCCCCAGCAUCCCACUUCCCUCUGAGCAGAUCUAGCCCCGCAGAUGCUCCGGGCUUGCCUUUUUGUCCUUGGAUUAGGUUAUGCUGUCGCCUGGCCAGCUGAAUGAUGCAAUGUGAUGAAAAGCCUUGACACAGCUUCAAACAACAGAGGUCUUCUCGGAGCAGUGAGCACGCGGUGCUGCCGGGGAGGGCACAGGUUGUGCACAGGCAGCCCCUGGUGCUCUCUCAGUGAUGUUUAUUUACAUCUUCUGUCCUCUUUUUUGUUUCUGUUUCUGUUUGUUUGUUUGUUUUCUUCAGCUGUUUGUGAACUUUAAUAAAAAUGAUGACAUGGGAAACCA